ACGGAGGGUCGAGCCAUGCACAACGUAGGGAUGGCAGGGUUGACCUUUUGGAGCCCUAACAUCAACGUCGUCAGGGAUCCGAGAUGGGGAAGAAUCUUGGAAACACCUGGUGAGGAUCCAUUUGUCGUCGGGCGUUACGCUGUAAACUUCGUGCGCGGCAUGCAAGAUGUGGUUGGCCAGGAAACUGCUGAGGAUCCCAACACCAGGCCUCUCAAAGUCUCCGCCUGCUGCAAACACUACGCUGCUUACGAUCUCGACAACUGGGCUACUACCGGCAGUGCUGUGGUCGAUCGCAUCCAUUUCAAUGCCAAUGUAACUGAGCAAGAUAUUGUGGAGACGUUCCUUCGCCCAUUCGAGAUGUGCGUUAAGGAGGGCGAUGUUAGCAGUGUGAUGUGCUCAUACAAUCAAGUCAAUGCCAUUCCGACUUGUGUCGACGCAAGGCUGUUGAGGGGAACCAUUAGAAACGACUGGGAACUUCACGGGUACAUAGUUUCUGACUGUGAUUCGAUUGAUGUGCUCCUCAACACUCAAAAGUUCUUAGACGACACACCGGAGGAUGCUGUUGCCCAAGUCCUUAGAGCAGGAUUGGAUUUGGAUUGUGGUGAUACUUACACCAAGUAUCUCGAGUCAGCUACGUUCAGAGGACUGGUCAAAGAAAGCGAACUUGAUCAGGCUUUGAUCAAUAACUACGUUGUCCUCUUGAGGCUUGGAUUCUUUGAUGGCCAACCUGCGUAUGAUAAGUUGACUGCCUCUGAUGUCUGCUCGAAGCAGCAUCUCGAUUUGGCGACCGACGCAGCUCGGCAAGGGAUCGUUUUGCUUAAGAAUUCCAAUGGUGCUCUGCCUCUGAGCACCAAGAGGCACAAGAACAUCGCCGUUGUCGGGCCCAACUCUGCAGACAACUCUGUUCAGAUUGGGAACUACGCAGGCGUUCCAUGCAAGUAUGUCACAGCUGUCGACGGCCUCCGAAGGUAUGCCAGCGUCGAUCACAAGAUCGGCUGCGCCGACGUCCGCUGCCAGAAUGAGACCUUCAUAUUCCCUGCGGUGAGGAGUGCGAGGAACGCAGACGCUACCGUCAUCGUUGCAGGCCUUAACCUUGACAUCGAGAGAGAAGACCACGAUCGAACCGACCUCGAGUUGCCUGGCUACCAAAACCAGCUUAUCAGACAAGUUGCAGAUGCCUCGAAGGGCCCUGUUGUUCUCGUCAUCUUCUCGGCCGGCGGCGUCAACGUUACCGAGUUCGAUGUCUCUGACAAGAUCAGCGCCAUCGUGUGGGCUGGUUAUCCCGGCGAGAAAGGCGGUGAUGCCUUAGCCGAUGUGCUCUACGGAUCAUACAAUCCUGGGGGAAGGCUCCCGCUGACAUGGUACACGCCGGAAUACCUGCUCCAGCUGCCGAUGACGUCGAUGAAGCUUCGCCCGGUCGACGAACUUGGCUACCCCGGAAGGACCUACAAGUUCUACAACGGCACCACUAUAUACCCAUUCGGAUACGGCCUGAGCUACACCACUUUCAGCUACUCCGUGGUCUCAACCCAGAGGUACGUCGACAAGAAGCUGGCGCCCAACAGCCACUGCACGCUGCUUCGCUACAACCAGUCGGCCUACGUGCCGCCUUGCCAUGCCGCUCGCGUCGACGACCUCGACUGCGCCGACGACAUCAGCGUGACCGUCGAGGUGAAGAACACGGGAAGCCUGGACGGCUCCGACGCCGUGAUCCUGUACUCGCAGGCCCCGGACGGCAUCCUCGGCGCUCCGAUCAAGCAGGUGGUGGGCUUCCAAAGAGUGUUGGUGGAAGCCGGGAAGAGCAGCAACGUGACCUUUAGUCUUAGCUCGUGCAAGAGCUUGAGCAUCGUGACGGACUCGGCUUACGUUGCGGUGCCGUCGGGGCGUCACACCUUCAUCGUCGGCAGCGGUGACAACGCCGUUCCAUUUGCUUUCCAGGUUUACUUGAGGGAUUAGGGUUGGAAGGUCAUGUUGGUGUGUGGUGUUUAGGCUGUCGGUGGGUAGUCAUAUUUCAACUCUUGGUUGAAUGGUUGGAACAUUGGUUGAUGUUCAAAUAAGGAGAGAGCAAUACGUGAGGAACAUUACA